AUGGAAAAGUUUGGAAUGAAUUUUGGAGGUGGUCCCAGCAGGAAGGAGCUCCUUGAAAAUGUAGAGUCUCAGAAAAAACAGCUUGUACAGUAUCAGACCCGUUUUCGAGAUGUAGUGCGUGCAUACAAGAGCCUGCUAAAAGAAAAAGAGGCAUUGGAAGCAAGCCUCAAAGUCUUGUCAGUUUCUCAAGAUUCGUAUCAAACUCUACAAAAUCCUGACAUCAGGGCUGAACUUUCGGAUGAUCGCUGUUCUCUGCACAGUGAAGACAGUGUUGAUACAGCAGCAUCUAUGGACAUAUCUAUCAAUAUCACAAGUGAUGGUUUCAGAGAGGACCAAAGUGAAGAGGAGCAGGCAGAGCCUCCUGCUGAGGGUGGAGCAGAGAGUGGAGUAAUUCCAACCAGCAGCAGUGGAAUUAUGGAGAAGCAGAGAGCCACUCCCCCACCAGGCACUGAGGCCGAUCGCCGCGUGGCUCAACUAAAAGCACAACUGAACACACUCACCAGUUCAUUAGCAACAGUGACACAAGAGAAGUCCCGCAUGGAGGCCAACUUUUUGGCUGACAAACGACUGCUAAAGCAGGAAGUGGACGACUUGCAAGAGCAGCUCCAGAGUUUGAAGAAGCAACAUGAAUCUGAGCUUCAGACUCUGCAGGAGCAGCUGGCAGAGAGCCGCGCUCGCAUUAUCACACAGCAGCAUGAAAGGGGUCUGGAGCAGGGAGACCAUGCUCAGCAGCUUCGAGAGCUGCAGAGGCUCCUGCAGCAGGAGAGAGCCUUGAGACAGGAUGCAGAACUGCGGCGCCAAGACUCUGAGUUGCGUCUCCAGGAGGCCACAGCUGCAUUAGCUCUUUCGUCUCAGGCGAUAGACAGAGGUGCAGAAUCUGAGGCUCACUUAAACCUGUUAAAAGAGGAGAGAGUCGAGCUGGAGAGAAGGCUUCAAGCAGCGGAGGAGAUCAAAAAGAAACCUGAUCCUAGAGUGGAAGAACUUCAACAAGAGUUGACACAGCUCAAAAAGCAUUAUCAGCAGCAGAUGCAGUUUGAGAACAGAAAAGUGUGUGAGGCAGAAGAGCGUGAGCGCGAGCAUGCCCAGGCAGAGGAGCAGCGAGUGGCCGCACUCGAGCAACAGGUGUCUGAGCUGUCAGAGCUGCUCGGCUCCUGUGAGAAGGCGAAGCAAAGGGACCAGCAGACCAUUCAGAGACUGAGAGACAGGAUACUUCAGUUGGAUACAGAGAACAAGACACUGGCUAUUGCUGCUUCCAGCAGGGUGACCUCAGAUAUCGUUGUAGAUGGGACCCAGCUGGAUGUGACAGCGCUGAAGGAGAAGCUGGAGAAGGUAAAAAAGCUGCUUGUGCUUGCAGGCCAGCUGAAUCCAGAGCAGUCUACAAAUAUAGAAGCCCUUUCAGAUACAGAUACUGAUGUGUGCAUAGAAAAGCAAUACCAGCAGGAGCUCAGACAGUUGAAGGAAGAGUUUGAACGGUACAAGGUGCGGGCACAGGUGGUGUUAAAGAACAAGAACGCUAAGGAUGGCUCCCAGACUAAAGAGCUGGAGGAGGUGAAAGACCAGCUUGCGGAGCUCAAAGAGAAGUACAUUAAUCUGCGAAUUCAAAGUGACGAGGCUGAGGUCAAACACCGCAAACAUCUGGAAGAACAGCAGCAACAAUCGAUGUCACUACAGCACAGUCAUAAACAUGAAGUAGAGCGCCUAGAAGCUUUGCAUCGAGAAAACCUCCUUAAACUAGAGGCAGAGCUCCACAAACAGAGAGAGCGGACCAUGGCACUGUUAGAUGAGAAGGAGAAAGAGUUGGAAACCCUGAGGGCACUGGCUCUGAGCUACAGCCUGUCUUCAAGAGGAUGUCACAGCAACGAUCCCACACGUCCAGCGGACAACCAGGACCUGACGGAAGGAUACAGUGAGGAGGACAUCAUCAGCCAGGCCUUGAUGCGAGCCACACCCAAUGAACCCACCAUACUUCUGUACGCAGAGCAACUGGCCCGAAAAGAAGUGGAGACAGGAGGGCUGCGUCGACAGAAGCACCAGCUGGAGGAGGACGUGCACCAGCUACAGGCCAGGCUCAUCGCUAACGGAGAGCGCCAUGACGAGGAGGUGGCCGAUCUGAGGGAUCAACUUGACAAACUUCUGAGGGACCAAAGUCGAGAGGGCGCCAAUCUGGAGUAUUUGAAAAAUGUUAUCUUUAAGUUUCUAACUCUGCAAGAUGCAAGUGGACGACACCAGACACUUGUUGCCAUCCUCACUAUCCUGCACUUCAGUCCCCAAGAGAAGCAGACCGUGUUAAGGCUGCAGACGGGGCCCUGGUGGAGCACUGCAAAGAGAUAG